CACUUCCAUGUUGACAGCCGAGCCAGUCUCGGUAGAGAUUUUAUUGAAAUGGAAAGUUAAUAAAUGUUCCUCUGAUAUACAAUAGACUAAACUAUUUGGCAAUGCCGUUUAGUAACAGCCUAAAUUGCCGUAGGACUAGUCUAUCAUGGCGGCACUAGGAGCGGAACGUGGCGAGGCGUCUAAAGUCGAAGAAAAGAUAAACACCCAGAAGACGGACGACUCAUGGAAACGUCAUAUCAUCCGCCAACUCAAACAUCGGGAUAAGUAUCAGAAGGCGAUGUUUCAAGAUGUCAUACUGGCAUAUAUUAAUCUGCUGGAGAGGUCCAAUCAGAGAGCCCUCAUCACGAAAGGCAUCCUGGGAUCUGGUUCAAGGUACCCUGCCUCCUCCAAAGACUCCUUGCCGUCUCUGAUUUCCAAGAAUGACGAUCUGAAGAAAACAACUGGGGAGCUGGCCUACCAGGUAUUGGAGCUCCAGCAGGAGAUUAAGAUCAAAGACUCCGUACUGGAAGAGCAACAUGCCAGGAUGUGUGAGGUGCGGAGGGAUCUGCUGGGGGUGCAGGCUGAGGAUGGAAGUCUGGCGGUGCGUGUUGCCGAGGUGACGGAGGGGAACCGGCUGUUGAAACGGGAGUACGACUCCCUGCUGGAGCAGCACCAUGAUCUGGACCAGACCUUCAGAGAGGAGAAGCUCAGAGGUCAGGAAAUGCUGGAGGAACUGGUCCGGAGGAAGCAGCACGCAGCCAUCAGGAUGAACAGCCGCAACGAGAGACGGGUCAGAGCCAGAGAGGCAAGUCUUCAGAAGGAACUGGAGACCGCCGGGAAGGUGAAGGUGACCAUUGACGUCGGGUCGGUCAGUGCCCCGGCCUCCAGAGAAGCCUCCCCUAAGAGUGAUCUGGCUGAGAGACGGACCACUAGACUGUUCAGGUCAGCCUCAGUAACAUCCCCUCCCAGGAUUCUAGAUUCCAUCAAAGAGCUUUUUGAUAGAAAGAAGCGUCGGGGAACUCGCUGUGUCUGA